AUGGCCAGGAGGAUGAUUCCGUUGUUUUACUUUUUGGUUUCAGUUGUAGGUCUGAUCAAUGUUGCAUUGGCAAGUAAUGACGGUGUAGGAAAGGGGGUUGUUGGGUAUGAUUCUUAUAAAGUUUAUAGGUUUUACAAAAAUAAUGGCACAGGCGAUCUGAUAAAAGAUAUGGUUCUCCCCUUAACUGAUGAUUUUAAUGUUUGGACACACAAUAAGAACUUUAUUGAUAUAAUGAUAGCGAAAGAAAUUAAUCUAGAAAAUGCUAAGGGAAUUGAAAACUAUAAUUAUGAAGUUAUGAUUGAGGAUGUAUAUACAGCAAUCUCGGAGACUGUACCUAAAAAAAAUGAAAACCGUAAUAAUAAUGAUAUCAACCAUCAACAAGAAUCUUUUGAUGUGGGAAAAAUUAAUAUGGACAAUUUCUUCUUUAAAGAAUACAGAGAUUUAGAGACAAUUUAUGUAUGGUUGGAUCUAUUGAAAAGAAGUUUCCCAGAUUUGGUAAAUAUCGAAACCGUUGGAGAAACUUUUGAAGGAAGAGAAAUGAAAGCUGUUCACGUCUCUGCAAACAAUAGAACAAUGAAUCCAAAUAAAAAAACAGUAGUAAUCACAGGUGGUGUGCAUGCAAGGGAAUGGGUAAGUAUUUCCACUGCUUGUUGGGUUUUAUAUCAACUACUAGCAAGAUAUGGUGUCUACAGAAAAGAUACUAAAUAUUUGAAUGCUUUAGAUUUUUUAAUCAUACCAGUAUUUAAUCCAGAUGGCUAUAAAUAUUCGUGGACAACCGACCGUCUAUGGAGAAAAAACAGACAGAAUACGUAUUGGCCAAAUUGUUACGGUGUUGAUAUUGAUCACUCUUUUGAUUAUAAUUGGGUUUCUAAUGACAACUUCCCUUGCAGUGAAGAUUAUAGUGGAGAAAAGCCAUUUGAAGCUUUAGAAGCAUCUUCUUGGAAUAAUUAUUUAAACACCACAAAGGGUGAAUAUCAAAUUUAUGGCUAUAUAGAUUUACAUUCAUAUUCACAAGAGAUUUUAUACCCGUAUGCCUACUCUUGUGAAGCUGUUCCUCGUGAUUUGGAGAAUUUAAUAGAAUUAUCCUACGGCUUGGGAAAAGCAAUGCGGAAUAAAAAUGGUAAAAAAUAUCAAGUUUUAUCAGCUUGUCAAGAUCGUGGCUCCGAUUUAACACCAGGUCUUGGUGCAGGUUCAGCCUUAGAUUACAUGUAUCAUCAUAGAGCACACUGGGCAUUUCAAUUGAAAUUACGUGAUACUGGUCGUCAUGGAUUUCUAUUGCCAUCAGAUCAAAUCACUCCAGUGGGGAAGGAGACAUAUGCAGCCAUUAGAUAUUUUUGCGACUUUGUCUUGAACCCAGAUUUAUAA